UGGUGUUUGUGUGUUCCCGGCUCCGGGAAACGCCGCCGGGAUUUCUUCACCCGGCCCUUCCCUACCUCCGGGCGAGGGACGCGAGAUCCCCUCUGCACGCUCGGCUUCGCGGGGUCGCGGCGGGCGCCGACGGGUCCGAAGCGAUUCUGGUCCCAUCUUGAAAUUGGCCGAGGGAAGCGGGACGCGAGAGACGCCAUCAUCGGCGAGGGAGGCAGGCCCCGUCCGGGGAUCUUGGAAACCCUGCGGACCAUCAUGAAGUUCCAGUAUAAGGAGGACCAUCCCUUCGAAUAUCGGAAAAAGGAAGGAGAGAAGAUCCGGAAGAAAUAUCCGGACAGGGUCCCCGUGAUCGUGGAGAAAGCUCCGAAAGCCAGGGUGCCUGAUCUGGACAAGCGGAAGUACCUAGUGCCCUCUGACCUCACUGUUGGCCAGUUCUACUUCUUAAUCCGGAAGAGGAUCCACCUGAGACCUGAGGACGCCUUAUUUUUCUUUGUCAACAACACUAUCCCUCCCACUAGUGCUACGAUGGGCCAGCUGUAUGAGGACAACCAUGAGGAAGACUAUUUUCUGUAUGUGGCCUACAGUGAUGAGAGUGUCUAUGGGAAGUGAUUGGUGGAAGCCCAGCAGAUGGGAGCACCUGGACUUGGGGGUAGGGGAGGGGUGUGUGUGGGACUUGGGGAAAGAGGGGGAGGCUCCCACCAUGGAGGAGACAGAAGGUGAAGACAUUGAAAACAUUACACCGCACACCCCGUCAUCACAUUUUCACAUGCUCAAUCGAUAUUUUUUGCUGCUUCCUCGGCCCAGGGAGAAAGCAUAUCAGGACAGAGCUGUUGGAUUGGCUUUGAUAGAGGAAGGAGAAUUGACAUAAUUUCACAGCAUUCCUGAGAAUGAAUUUUUGUAUGAUUUCAUAGAGGGCUAAGGAGGUGGGCAACUUGAGGCCAGAGAUGAUUGCAGUCCAACAGCAACUCCCUGCUCUUCCUUCUCUUUGGGCAGUGACUCUUGUUGACAUUUGCGCAAGACAGGUAGAGAAAGGAGACAGGAAUUGUUUUAGGACUUAUGGUAGUGGACCAUGCCUGGGGACCAAAAAGACUAAUUGUCACUGAAGCAUUGUGGCCCGGUCUCCCCUGUCUCACCCCUCCUCCCUCCCAUCCCAUUCAGUCUCACACACAAACGCCACAGUACCACCCCAGGGGUGGUAAUAGACAUGGACCCAGAAGUUUAGCUUUCUUAUCUUUGGAAAAUGGGGAUCAGGCACUAAGGCAGGUAUGAUUUCAAAGAUAGUUUUAAUACCAUUAAACUGGAAUUGAUGGAGUGUUGACCUGUUCUCUCUCGUGCCCCUUAUCCCACACCUACCUUGAAUUUAAUGAGCCUCAGGCAUUUCCAGUUGCAGACUGAAACCACUCUUCUGGCGUUUUCCAUGUGUCUGGACAGAGAUGUCUUAGGUAGGGAAGGGGCAGGUAUGAGGUCAGGUAGAUAAUCCACACCUCCCACUCAGAAUCUCACUCCUAUGCUGCCUCCCUGCAGUCUCACACGCACAGGAAUGCUACUUGAUGGCCAGCCGCUUCCCUCUUUGGUUAUCAUCUGCUGCAGCUGCUAGGUAGAACAGUCUGGAGGGAUACUUUUAGUAAUUCAUGGGGAUUUUACUGAUUUAUUUUCACUUUUGGGGUUCUGUGGGGUGGGAGUGGGGAACAGGAAUUACACUCAGACAUGACAUUUCAAUUCAUUUCUGCUAAUGGAAAGGUCCUUGGGAGAAAUCUGUGUGUCAGUUCUGUCAGCUGCAGGUUCUUGUAUAAUGAAGUCAAUGCCAUCAGGCCAAGGAAAUAAAAUAAUUACUUACUUUAAAAAUUCA